CAGCAGCAGCAGCGCGGCGCGGGGAAAAUACCCACACCUGCCUCUCUCUCUCCCUCUCUCUCUCUCCUCCGCACACACCAGCACAGCCCCGUACUGGAUCCAGUCUGCUGCGGGGGAGUCCGCUGGGCGGGGCGGGUCCGGCGCGGCUGUAAAGGGUUAUGGCUGUCAUACCUAGAGUGGACAGGACAGUGACCUGAGGAAGAUCAGUGAAGACCAGAAGAGACCAGAAGAAGCGGAUAAACAGAUAUUAUGAAGAUGUUUCACACUAGUACUCAGAAACAGUAGUGAGCAGUGAGCUGCUGCUAUGGACUAAGAAGACACUUUGACUCUAGACGAGACAUCACUGUUCGGACCACCUCUUCAUGAUGGUCCUGUUUCUGGUGGCAACAAAUCUCAUAUCAAACAUCUCCUCACACGCCAACCGGACAGCAGAGCCGCCUGCUCCUCAGGGUUCCCAUGUCCUGCCCUCUGCCCUCGUCAUCUCUCUUCUUCUCAUCAUCUUCAUCCUUCUCACAGUCUACCUGCUCAGGUUCAGGCACCAAAGAAAGGAUCUUGUCACUUCAGUUGACAAAAAGUUACCCAAUGGAUACUUGGAAGACCAAGAACAGACAGUGGUGCUCCUCCCUCGCUCUCCCUCUCCAUCGAAGCGUUUCUUCCCCAUCCAGCUGGACUCCCUGGAGGAAGAGUUCCGUCUGCGCAUGGCAGAUGAUGGCAAACUGUUCAGAGAGGAAUUUAACUCUUUGCCGUGUGGAUUCGGCCGCGGGAUGUUCGAGGAGGCAAGCAGAGAGGAGAACAAGGAGAAGAACAGAUAUCCAAACAUACUGCCCUACGAUCACUCCAGAGUGGUGCUCUCACGCAUCGAUGACCACAUGUGCUCUGACUACAUUAAUGCCUCAUACAUAGAUGGAUACAGAGAAAAGAAUAAAUUCAUCGCUGCUCAGGGUCCAAAACCAGAGACGGUGGCAGAUUUCUGGAGAAUGGUUUGGGAGCAGAAGUCUGCCACCAUCGUCAUGUUGACCAACACACGCGAGAGAAAAGAGGAGAAAUGCUAUCAGUACUGGCCGGAUCAGGGCUGCUGGCAGUACGGCUGUGUGAGGGUGGCUUGUGAGGACGUCACAGUGCUGGUGGACUACACCAUCCGGAAGUUCUGUGUGCAGUAUCACACUGCAGAUGGGUGCAGAGCUCCGAGGUUGGUCACCCAGCUCCACUUCACCAGCUGGCCGGAUUUCGGCGUGCCCCUCUCGCCUAUUGGAAUGCUAAAGUUUCUUAAGAAAGUCCGGAGUGUCAACCCCUCACACGCUGGACCCAUAAUAGUUCACUGCAGUGCUGGGGUUGGAAGGACCGGCACGUUCAUCGUAAUCGAUGCCAUGAUGGAUAUGAUGCACGCAGAGGGACGUGUGGACGUGUUUGGCUUUGUGUCCAGAAUACGAAACCAGCGCUGUCAGCUCGUACAGACUGAUAUGCAGUACUCGUUUAUCUACCAGGCUCUGCUGGAGCAUUACUUGUAUGGCGACACUGAGUUGGACAUCUCGUCUCUGGAAGGUCACCUGCACAGACUGCACAGCACUCAUAUACACAUGGACCGAGUGGGGCUGGAGGAGGAGUUCAGGAAACUGACUAACGUCCGAAUAAUGAAGGAGAACAUGAGGACUGGGAAUCUGCCUGCAAACAUGAGGAAGAACAGAGUACUGCAGAUCAUUCCAUAUGACUUCAACAGGGUAAUAUUAUCUGUGAAAAGAGGUCAAGAAUUCACAGAUUACAUAAACGCAUCUUUCAUAGACGGUUACAGGCAGAAGGAUUACUUCAUAGCUACACAGGGCCCUUUAGCCCACACUGUGCAGGACUUCUGGCGAAUGGUGUGGGAGUGGAAGUGUCAUUCCAUCGUCAUGCUGACUGAACUAAAAGAGAGAGAACAGGAGAAAUGUGUGCCUUACUGGCCUGCAGAGGGCAGCGUUUCGUUUGGAGAGUACAGCGUGGAGCUGAAGAGAGACACACUGUGCGACACGUUCAGUCUCCGAGAUUUACUGCUCACAUACAUGCCGGAGAAGCAAACCCGCCUGGUCAGGCAUUUUCACUUCCAUGGCUGGCCAGAGAUCGGAAUCCCGUCAGACGGAAAGGGGAUGAUUGAUCUUAUCGCCGCAGUGCAGAGACAACAGCAGCAAUCUGGCAACCACCCCAUAGUGGUGCACUGCAGUGCUGGUGCGGGCCGGACCGGAACCUUCAUUUCUCUCAGUAACAUCCUGGAGCGGGUCAAAGCUGAGGGGCUGCUGGACGUAUUCCAGACUGUGAAGAGUUUACGCAACCAGAGACCACACAUGGUCCAAACUGUGGAACAGUAUGACUUCUGUUACAAAGUGGUUCAAGAUUUUGUGGAUAUCUUCUCAGACUAUGCUAAUUUCAAAUAAUGACAAAUAAGGACAGUUCCUUUCAGCGCUUCUGGUACCUGGUUUUCCGCCCCAUUUGAGUUGAUUAUAUUUUUAUUUUUAGUCUGUGGAUCCUUUUGCUCUGGCUUUGUAUGAUCACACUCUAUGCACUUGACCCCUCCUCUCUCCAUAGAUACUGAAUUUAAUGCAGUGAACGGGAACUUGUUUUUGUACAUAAUAAAGUCCUCACUCGUGUACUCACAUGAAGACAAAACCAAGCGUUUGCCUUUAGAUCCCUGUGUUUAUUUGCAAAUUCUUCCAACUGUUUUUUUUUUUAUAUUUGUUGAAUAAUUGUUUUAUUUAUAUAUAUUUUGGGAUGGAGAGGAAUGUAAACAUUUUUUUAGAUUCUAUUUUUUAUCUGUACAUUACCCACCAUUGUUUUUCAAUGUUUUAAAGAUGAUCUAAAGCAGCAAGUAAGUGUUAAGCUUUUCAUGUUUGUCUCGUCGAUGUGUUUUGCCAUGCUAUUCUAUAAGUCCUUUUAUCAAGUAUUUACUUACAGCGAUAUGAGCAUCUGUAUUAUAAACUUAUUUAAAAUUUUAUAGGAAUAUGUGGAUCCAAUUUUAAUUUGGAAAAAGUGUGAUCUCCACUGUCAUUCUCCUCGUCAUCCUCAAAAGGAUAAACAUUAUAAGAAAUAAAAACACAUGAUUUCCACAAUAAAUGUAUUCAUCAUUUUACUGA